CAGCCGCCAAACAGGAGGUAGAUGCUGAAGGCAGGGUGUGGGGAAUGUCACCGGGCGCCCAUGCCCUUCUCCAGGUGUGCCCUCCCACAUUUCCUGUGUUCGCUCAACCUGUGUGGUUUCGGGGUGUUUAUGGAGGUUCCAUUACAUAGGUGUGAUGAAAUCGCCAGCCUUUGGUUGUUGCACUCCAUCUCCGGCCAGAAACUAGGGACAAGACCCAAAUACUUAUUGCACAAUAUUCCCUGUCCCCAGCCUUGAGGGCCGGCCCUGGUCCCCAGACUGCUGCUCCCCCCAUCCCACCUGGCCACCUUUUCACCUGCCCCUGAACCCAUUCCCCCCAGGUUUUUGCAUGGGCAGUUCUUCAUGUAUCUUGAUAAAAGAUGUGUCAUGUCUCAAGACCCCUUCCAGCAACCACCUCUCCUAGGCAGCCUGCCCUGCCAGACCAACUUCCAGGUUGCCUCUGGCUUGGGGUGCCCCAGUCUACUUCCGGCUCCCCCACACUGGAGUCCCUUGAGGUUGAAGCUUGGAGCCCCCAACCCCCAAGGCCAGGCCCAUGUUUCCUGCGAGUGUUCCCAACUAUCCACCUUUUGGGUCAGCUCCAGUGGUGGAAACUUUCCAGCCGGAGGAGGCCGCUUGUUUUGGAAAGUUCCUGGGGGAGCCGCCCCCGCCCUCCCCGCCGGGUUCCCACGCUCCCUUAUCACUGGGUGCUAGGGGGGCGCAGUGCUGUGCAUGCCUUGCUCCUCCCCAGCUGACCUCCUUGGUCCUGCCCCCUCCUCCCUUCCCCUCCUCUCCUCAGGGAACACUGGCCCCUCCAGCCUGGCUCCGCCAAGCCCUCCUGCUACAGCUCUCCGGGAUGGAGGCCACAGCCAAUUUCGUGGUCGAGAGCCCCGACGUGGUCUACGGCCCCGAUACCAUCGAGGCUCAGUACGAGUACCGGACAGCGUGUGUCAGCCGCGAGGGCAGCGUCCUCAAGGUAUACCCCACGUCCACGCGCUUCACCUUUCGGACCGCUCGGCAGGUGCCCCGGCUUGGGGUCAUGCUCGUCGGCUGGGGCGGGAACAACGGCUCCACGCUCACCGCCGCGGUGCUGGCCAACCGACUGCGCCUCUCCUGGCCCACGCGCACUGGCCGCAAGGAGGCCAACUACUACGGCUCGCUGACGCAGGCGGGCACCGUUAGCCUGGGCUUGGACGCCGAGGGCCAGGAGGUGUUCGUGCCCUUCAGCUCACUGCUGCCCAUGGUGGCACCCGACGACCUCGUGUUCGACGGCUGGGACAUAUCAUCGCUGAACUUGGCUGAAGCAAUGCGGCGCGCGCAGGUACUGGAUUGGGGGCUGCAGGAGCAACUGUGGCCGCACCUGGAGGCGCUGCGCCCGCGGCCCUCUGUCUACAUCCCCGAGUUCAUCGCAGCUAACCAGAGUGUGCGCGCUGACAACCUCAUACAGGGCACGCGCGCACAGCAGCUGGAGCAGAUCCGUAGGGACAUCCGUGACUUCCGGUCCAGCGCUGGGCUAGACAAGGUCAUCGUGCUGUGGACAGCGAAUACUGAGCGCUUCUGCGAAGUGGUCCCUGGCCUCAAUGACACCGCUGAGAACCUGCUGCAGACCAUCCAGCUGGGCCUGGAGGUGUCGCCCUCCACUCUCUUCGCUGUGGCCAGCAUCUUGGAGGGCUGCGCCUUCCUCAAUGGGUCCCCACAGAACACACUGGUGCCCGGGGCACUUGAGCUCGCCCGGCAACGACGUGUCUUCGUGGGUGGUGAUGACUUCAAGUCAGGCCAGACCAAGGUCAAGUCCGUGCUUGUGGACUUCCUCAUAGGCUCUGGCCUCAAGACCAUGUCCAUCGUGAGCUACAACCACCUGGGCAACAACGAUGGGCAGAACCUGUCAGCGCCGCCACAGUUCCGCUCCAAGGAGGUGUCCAAGAGCAGCGUGGUGGAUGACAUGGUGCAGAGCAACCCAGUGCUCUACAGGCCCGGCGAGGAGCCUGACCACUGCGUGGUCAUCAAGUACGUGCCAUACGUUGGCGACAGCAAGCGCGCGCUGGACGAGUACACCUCGGAGCUGAUGCUGGGUGGCACUAACACGCUGGUGCUGCACAACACGUGUGAGGAUUCCCUCCUGGCUGCGCCCAUCAUGCUGGACCUGGUGCUGCUGACCGAGCUGUGCCAGCGUGUGAGCUUCUGCACGGAUGCCGACCCAGAGCCACAGGGCUUCCACUCAGUGCUGUCGCUGCUCAGCUUCCUGUUCAAGGCGCCGCUGGUGCCGCCGGGCAGCCCGGUAGUGAACGCGCUCUUCCGCCAGCGCAGCUGCAUCGAGAAUAUCCUCAGGGCCUGUGUGGGGCUCCCACCGCAGAACCACAUGCUUCUGGAGCACAAGAUGGAGCGCCCCGGGGUCAAGCGAGUGGGGCCUGUGGUAGCCACCUGCCCUGUGCCUUGCAAGAGAGGAGCGGCGCCCACUGCCCCCAAUGGCUGUACGGGUGAUGCCAAUGGGCUCUCACAGGCUGACGCACCCCAGAUGCCCACCACUUAAGGCCAUGGCCAUCCUCCCCCAAAACUCUUGCCCCACUGCCCCCUCAGGACCCAACCCUUCCAAGACCCCUGAAGACAAUAAAGCCAGUGCCACUCUCAGCCACAGCAUCAUCUGUGGGUUCUGGGCGCCUGCGACCUAACCCUAGCCACCCCCCCAACUCCAGCCCCAUCUCCCAUCUUUCUCAUGGUAGACUCCUACCUACCCUUCCCAAACUGAUGCCCCAGCUCUUGAAACUUACAGAACCCUGAGGCCUCUGCCUAACCCCUGAUGGGAGGACGUGGCCACAAGCCACAGCGAAGAAAUCUGGAGACCAGAUACCAAAAACCAAAACCAAGUUACAUUUAUUGAUGGGGCCCACCCCUGCCGUCCAGGGGAAAGGAGGUCCCCAAGAAUCCCCCGGGGACAAAAUAGAAAUAGCGGGAAGGGCCUAUACAGGAAAGAACGUCUCUGAGGUCCUUGCGUUUUGUUUUGUU